CCGGCUCGCUCCAGCGCUCCCCCGACUCGCCGGCAGCAAUUAGCCAGCAUCCCGGGGGGUCGGCCCCCAGACGCAUCCUCCGGCCCGGCCCCAGGCAGGGAUGAGCUAGACAGGCGCGGCACAAAGUCGAAACUUAACUUUUUGCAAACAGUACUGGCAACCGCUGCCCUAGCACCCGCGCGCGCACGCCGCCACCGCUCGGGCCGGGUCUCCGCGCUCCGCGCCCCGGCUUGGAUGGGAGUUUGCGUUUCCGAAGGAGGCAGAGCCCGCGGCGCGCGCCGAAGAGCCCCGAGUGACUCCUCGCCAGCGCUGGCCGCCCGCUGUCACUGGCGCUGGCCGGCCGGGGGAAGGGACCCGCAGGCUGGGCUUUGUUGUGGAAAUCCCGGUUACCUGGCUAAUAACUCACACCAUGGAUAACUUAUUGGACUUUGCCUGAAAGGAGUCAGUAGUCCCAUUGGAUAUUUGACCAUCCUGGCCACAGGUUUUUUCAGAAUGAAUGGAAGGUCAUGCAGCAUGAAUCUCCUUCGAUCAUCAGGAACCCCACAGGGACCUGGGAUUGUCAGUGGCCACCACAUUCCUCCCUUGAGAGCCCACUCGGGGACUCCUGGCCCCUCAUCCUGUGGCAGCAUACCCAGCUCUGCUAUUGGAAGCCUUGCUAACAGUCUCCAUCUCAAGAUGCCCUUGGGAGGAGGGAUGGCUCCUCAGAGCAACAUGGCUGAGAGCCCCAUCCAUCUACCUGCCUUGAGCCCCAGGAGACAAGUGCUCACCAAUGGGAAGCCACGAUUCCAGGUCACCCAGUCCGGAGGCAUGUCAGGGACACACACUUUAAAGCCAAAGCAUCAGGAGUUUGGAAGUCCUUUUCCAUCAAAUCCUGGGAAAGGGGCUCUUGGCUUUGGGCCUCAGUGCAAGUCCAUUGGAAAAGGCAGCUGCAACAAUCUAGUGGUCACCAGCAGUCCCAUGAUGGUUCAGCGACUGGGACCCAUUUCACCUCCAGCAAGCCAGGUCUCUACAGCAUGCAACCAGAUCAGUCCUAGCUUACAGAGGGCAAUGAAUGCAGCCAACCUGAAUAUACCUCCUUCAGAUACAAGGUCCCUUAUUUCACGUGAGUCUUUGGCAUCCACUACUUUGAGUCUGACCGAAAGCCAGUCAACCCUGAGCGUGAAGCAAGAGUGGUCCCACGGUUACCGGGCUCUCCCUUCGCUCCCUUCCAGCCACGGUUCACAGAAUGGCAUUGAUCUAGGGGACCUCUUUAGCCUGCCUCCUGGUACUGCUGUGUCUGGCAACAGUGUCGCUAACUCAUUGCCGUCUUACCUUUUUGGCAUGGAAAAUAGCCACUCUCCAUACCCUAGUCCCAGGCACUCUUCAGCCAGGUCCCACUCGGCCCGUUCCAAGAAGAGAGCCCUGUCCUUGUCCCCACUGUCCGAUGGCAUUGGGAUCGACUUCAAUACCAUCAUCCGCACCUCGCCCACCUCACUGGUCGCUUACAUCAACGGUUCCAGGGCUUCCCCAGCCAACAUGUCCCCGCAGCCCGAAGUCUACGGCCAUUUCUUGGGGGUGCGUGGCAGCUGCAUCCCCCCACCGUGUUCCAUGCCCAGCAGCCAGAAGGGUGUGCGAGUGGCCUCUGGUGGCCUGGCGCUGCCCGCCUACAGUGAGGACAGUGCUCUGGAGUAUGACCGCAUGCAGCAGCUGGAGCAUGGCGGCCUCCAGCCGGGGCUGGUCAACAACAUGGUGGUGCAGCACGGCCUGCCCGGCCCCAGUGGUCAGCCGGCCGGGCUGCUGAAAACCGAACGCCUGGAUGAAUUCCCUGGCAGUGCCCUGGACUUGCCGUCUGCUCCUGCCCUGCCACCUCUGCCGCCACCCCCUCAAGGACCUCCACCCCCCUACCACGCCCACCCGCACCUGCACCACCAGGAGCUGGUUCCUCACACACAGCUGAGCCUGCCCCAGGCCGCCCUGGAGGAGGACGGGGAGAUGGAGGACUUAGGGGGCAAGCACUGCUGUCGCUGGAUCGACUGCAGCGCCUUGUAUGACCAGCAGGAGGAACUUGUGAGGCACAUCGAGAAGGUUCACAUAGACCAGCGCAAAGGGGAAGACUUCACCUGCUUCUGGGCCGGUUGCCCUCGAAGAUACAAACCCUUCAACGCCCGCUAUAAACUGCUGAUCCACAUGCGAGUCCACUCGGGGGAAAAGCCCAACAAGUGCACGUUUGAAGGUUGCAAAAAGGCAUUUUCAAGGCUCGAAAAUCUUAAGAUUCACUUGCGGAGCCACACCGGUGAGAAGCCAUAUUUGUGCCAGCAUCCAGGCUGUCAGAAGGCAUUCAGUAACUCCAGUGACCGCGCCAAGCACCAGAGGACACAUCUGGACACUAAACCUUAUGCUUGUCAAAUUCCGGGAUGUACCAAACGCUACACAGACCCAAGUUCCCUAAGAAAGCAUGUGAAAGCACAUUCUUCCAAAGAUCAGCAAGCAAGAAAAAAGUUGCGAUCCAGCACAGAGCUCCAUCCUGACCUGCUCACGGAUUGUCUCACAGUGCAGCCCCUGCAGCCGGCCACUUCCCCAAGAGAUGCUGCUGCUGAUGGGGCAGUGGGAUGCUCCCCAGGGCCGGGGCCUGACAUCUAUCCAGCUUCCAUUUUCUCGAGCAAUCAUUCAAGCCGAAGCGGAACAGCUGCUGGGGCCGUGCCACCCCCACAUCCUGUCAGUCACCCCUCUCCAGGACAUAAUGUACAGGGGAGCCCCCACAACCCCUCCUCCCAGUUACCUCCACUCACAGCUGUGGACUCCGGAGCUGAGAGGUUUGCACCUUCUGCUCCAUCUCCUCACCACAUCAGCCCCCGGAGAGUUCCUGCUCCUUCAAUAAUGCAAAGAACACAGCCACCCCAUACACAGCAGCCGUCAGGAUCCCACCUGAAAUCUUACCAGCCAGAAACAAAUUCUUCUUUUCAACCAAAUGGAAUCCAUGUUCAUGGAUUUUAUGGGCAGCUGCAGACAUUCUGCCCGCCACAUUACAACGACUCCCAGAGAACAGUGCCGCCCAGCAGCUCCUGCAGCAUGGUGCCUUCCUUUGAGGACUGCCUGGUCCCUUCGUCCAUGGGCCAGGCUGGCUUUGAUGUGUUCCACAGAGCCUUCUCAACUCACUCGGGCAUUACAGUGUACGAUUUGCCUUCAGCUUCCUCAAGCCUCUUUGGAGAGUCUCUUCGAACUGGGCCGGAAGACAACACCUUUCUGCAGAUCAGCGCCAUGGAACGCUGUCCUAGCCAGCUCUCUUCUGUCUAUACUGAAGGCUAGAAGUUCACUGGCCUCCACUCCCAUAGGCACCCAGAACCUUUGUUGUUGCUUGCCACUUUUGUUUCUUACUCUCAGAGACUGCUUGGAAAAGGAUGUCGACCAGAUUGGCUGAGCUGCAAGACACAUGUUUUAGGAAGGCAGGACUGGAUGGUGAAGAGCUGAGCUGUGCAGGAAAGCCUACUUGGUCACUUGCAGUUGCUCCUUUUUUGUCUGGGUUUGCUGGACAAAUUGAAUUGGGAUUGUUUUUUCAAAGGGAAUGUAGAGCCUCACUCUACCCAGUAUGUGUUACAUUCUUAAUGUCAGCCCUGAAAAGACACCCAUGAAAGCAUAUGCAUGUGGAAGUAGAUUGGGGAGCACCCUGUCCAAAACUCCAAAUAGGGAAGAACAACCCAAAUUGCCAAAAGCAAAGAGAACUGAGUAUCCCUGGGCUCUUCCUCACUGCUGGCUGAUGAUGCAGAGCUAAACACAAGAGAAACCCAUGUCCAAAGCACAGCAUGGGCUCAGCUCUUGGAGAAACUCAGAGUCCUGGUCCAGCCUAGCAUUCCAGGGAGCUGGCUACAUUUGUCCGCUCAGAUACCUCCAUGCUACCAAGGCUGUCUGUGUUUCUCACCAGCACCACAAGGUCUGUCAAGAACAGUUCUUGAAAGGCACUAUAACUUGUAUUGUAUUCCAGCUCCUGAUCCUCGUCCUUUCUUUUUAAAGAUUUUCUAUUUAUAUCUACUUUAAAAAAAGAACAGGAAAAAAUAUUUAGAAGUCUGUCCUUCAUAUAGAAAUCAUUUUUUUCUCACCCCUGCUGCACACGUUUUGCCACAACUUGAGCCCUGCUUGCUUCCCUCGCCGUUUCAUGAGUCUGUGAAUACCCCUGGAAUUGUAGUUUUGCAUUGAUAAAAGCUACUUGAGGGGAAUGGAGUGAUGCACCCCCUUCCAGUGCUAGAAUAGGAGCCCUCUGGUAGACUGUUCUGCCACUUUACCUCUAAGACCUUUUUCAAAGGGACAGGCCACAAGCUGUCCCUCCCAGUGUUCCCACUCGGGUCUCUAGCCAGAGUUGCAUGGAAAACAUGAGACCCAGAAUACUGAGUCAUUUUCUGGGUUCUCAGAAAGCCAAACUAGGGAUGCCCAGUGCCCACUAUCAUGCAGUGUUCACCUUCGUGAACUCAUCCAGCUGCCUGACUGCCCCUUCCCUUUACUUCAUGUUUCCCUCUUUUUUCAUUGUUCGUCCCCCGUUCUUGACUGUGGCUCAGACAUACCCACCACUCCUCAGUGUCCGAUCAGUGACUCUUAGCAAGGUCUGACUGGAGGCAGGGAGAGGGAACAGUUCUGGAAAGAUAAGCAGAAGGCGACAACUUGGCCAUUUGAUAUCAAGCCUGAAUUGGAAGCCAUUUCCAUGACACCUUUUCAAAACUAUUUUAACAAUCCCGAUUCCUAUGGCUUGGAGCUAUAAAAACUUACCUGUUCCCUAAGAACCCAAGUCAGUUCUGACUUAUCUGUCCUAGCACAUUUCACGGUUUCUUUUCACUCCUUUAAAAUGUUCUCUGAACAAAAAUGCAACACACUAUUUGUCAAAAUGAGAUCAUUAUAAUUUUCACCAAGACAAACAGCUUGGUGUCAGACUUGGGAUCCAGUGACAGUCUGUAUCUUGACAAACGGGUCCUUCCAGUCUAAUGGCACAUGGUAUUCUUCUCUGGGACUCUGGACUACAUUCAGCAUCAAGUGGAGGGCAAAGCCAAAUGUGGGUUCUGCUUUCACAGUGUACUUGGUCAAUCUGGCUUCUCUGAUUAGUGGUCUCUGAUCUGAGAAAAGGUGUCAUGCAGACAUCUGAGUGUGCAGAGGAUACUACUCACUUUACAACAUUCUGUCUGCUUUAUAAAGGUACACACCUCAGACUUCUUUAGGCGAGCUCUCAGACUGAUAUAAACCCCACCCUCUUGGCAGACCUGGGGGCCCUAAACGAGACCUAUGAUGCCAAUGCUGGCAUUCCCCUUUUGUCCUUCACAGCCCUCUGGAAAGAGAGGAAAACUCUGGUCUCUUUAGAGAGCACUCUCUCCAUGCUUCAGUAUGGUGGCCUUUAUGAGGAACUCAAAACCUAUUCUGUGUGAUGAGGAGGAAAAUGACAAAAAGGUCAAGUUGUUAUCAGCAACGCCUUUUGGCUCCAUUGAAAUGAAAGGGGAAGGUGUAGCCAGAGCCCAGCCUCAGUGACCUGUAAGUUACCUCCCUUCUGCUCCUAUUGAGAUGUACAUGAGUCCCACUGGUCUCCCCAGGGCCUCUCACUGUGGUCUGCCCCUUUCUUGCUUCCUGCUGGAGGGAGUCAGGUGAGCUGCCUGCAGGGCCACUGCCCUCAGCAGGAACUUAGGCCUGGCCCUGACAGACCCUCAUGUCAGCCAAGGGGCAUGGAAUAGUGAGGGCCUGUGUGGUCCGUGAGGCCAGGCGCCUCCUCACUUCCCCCUUUGUUUAUCCUGAUAGCUGUGGAGCUCAGGAUAUGACACAUUCAGGUUCCUUCUAGGCUAUCCAUUCCAGAAUUUUCCCUGAUCUUAAUGUUUGUUUCUUGCACGCUUUCACAUUGCAGAAAGUUAUUUACAUGUGCUUUUCUCAUUAGGUUUGUAGCAACAAAAGUGGAAACCUAAAAAAUCCUUGCCCACCACAUUCUGGGUUUUUUCUUUUUCCCAGUCUUGAUAUGUAACCAUUUUCAUAAACACCUAGAGAUUGUCAUUCCCCUUUGAAAAACAAAAGCAGUAAAACAUUGGAGCUUGUGAAAAUAUACACAACCCAGAGUCAAUUAUCCUAUUAGCUUAAAAAAAAAAAAUCAGUAUGCCCAGAGACAUUUUAUCUGCUGCAGUUGUUGUCAUUCCCUAAAGGGACUGCAUCAGAGUGUCAGUUUUAAUUUCAUCUCUGAUCAUCUGCUAAGUAGUUCUCAAAUAUUUGCUAGUUCUGCGGUGUAUAUCCUUUUGCCCAUGUCUCCCCACAAACCCAUAGGUGAUUUUAACCUGGGCAAUGGAUCCCAGCAACAUCUCUGAUCACAGAGUGUUGGAGCUGUUACUCCAUUUGCUGGCUGCCAGCUCUGCAGACACUUGUGUCCUAGCACAGAGGCCAAGUUCAAAUCCCCUUUCAAAAAUCUUUCAAGGUGACUUUUCAGUCACCUUGAAAGUAUUGGGAACAGUGAUUGCAAAUGUUCAAAUUAACUACCUGGCAUUUUAUUUGACUGUUUUGACUGUCAUUUUAUAGCAGCAUUUUUUUAAUGGCACUUUUUUUUUCUGGUGGUAUGGAAUUUCUGUGGUUGCAUUUUUUUUGCCAUGGAUAAAGCAAAAAAAAAAAAACACUCAUUGGAGAAAUGGUGAGUGCAAAAAAAGAAAAGAUUUCUUUUGUACAGACAGCAGAGCAUCCUGUGUUAUGUUGCUGACACAAAGCACUUUGGGGGAAAAGUGGAAAUCUGUUUUCCAUAAAUCACACAGACUCUUGUACAUAGUUAUAUACACUCACGUAGAGAAAUGAACUGCAUAUAUCAUACUGGAUAUGGGGCCGAUUUUACUCUAGGGGCACAUCUGGUGCUUAUUGUCAUAAAUCUUUUAAAGAAUUAGGUACACUUUUUUUCUAUUAAUAUGUAUAGUUUUGUGAUUUGUCACAGUUAUGUUUCAUAUAAUCAUAAGUUAUUUUGUCUUGUUUCAUGAAGUCCUUUUUUUAAUGUCAAAAGCAAAAAUGAAGGGAUUGUGCACUUGGUACAGAAUAAAACUGGAAAUCGAG